AUGGGACCCUUGCUGCAGUAUCGGCCGUUGAUCGGUGAUGAGAUCCGCCUUCUGAAGAUCGAGACACUCGAUGAUGCUGAAGCUGCUACCAACGACGCAAAAGGAGCCUUUAACCAUCCAUUCAAAGGAAACGGUGGAACAUGGCCAGAGCUUUCUGAGAGUCACGACACUGAUGCGCUCUUCAAGAAUGGCCGCGAUCCACACCGCGAUGAAGAAGAAUCGACAGAGCUACCCAUUCCGGAUGAGACAGAUCUACCGUGGCGACACGAAUGGGGAGAUUUUAUCGCAUUAUCUUAUGUCUGGGGCCAUCCAAAACUCUCAGAAGGGCAACCACCUUACUCUAUCACGGUCAACGGUUGUCCUUUCGAAGUAACCCCCAACUUGUAUCACGCCCUAGUGCAGCUCAGCCAAGGCUAUAGAGUACGGCAGGGCUUCAAACUCUGGGUAGACGCUAUCUGCAUCAAUCAAAGUGACAACGAUGAGCGCGGUCAGCAAGUUGCGAGAAUGCGCGAUAUAUACCAGUCUGCUUGGCAGGUUGCCAUAUGGCUAGGGCCAGCAGAACAAGACAGUCAACUGGCUCUAUCUGCUCUCCAUUGGCUAGCACGCGAGUCGAAUCGGCCUAGUCCAAUGGAUGAUUUCUAUAUCGAGAGCUUCUCAAUCGAUCUUCGUCCCAUUAUCAUCAUGUGGCCAACUUACGAAAGUCCCAUGAAGAAAGAAGUCUACAAGGCUUUAUUCCAUUUCUUCACCAGGCCGUACUGGCGGCGAAUGUGGGUAGUUCAAGAAGUAGCUAUGGGAAACCCACACACUCCUGUUAUCUGCGGCGAUAAAUAUAUUUCCUGGCAUGAUGUCCAUCAGGCUGUCAAUCUUAUCGCUGGGGAUGAGUCAAGAUUCGGUCACGCCAUUCUGGAAAGCGUUCGGCCGCUCAUAUUGACGACAUGGUCGUUUGAGUUUGCGCGUGAUAGGCUGAUCAAGGAGAGGGACUGGGCACCAGAAAGGAUGUGGAAAGUUCAGCAGACUAUGAUGCGAAUCCAAGAACAUCAAAAGGUUGAAGCUCCAUCGACGGCAUGGCGAGACCUGGUGCGGGCACUGAAUCUUGCGCGAGAUUCGCUGGUGACAGAAGAGAAGGAUAGAGUCUACGGCAUCUUGGGAAUAAAAGCCAUUGCUGACAGGGUCCGUAUCAAACCUGAUUAUAACCUAUCAAGAUCAGCAAUCUUCGCCAACUUUGCUUCGGAGCUGAUGGCAAAGGGCGAUCUCAACAUACUUCGUCUAGUUUCAGGUCCCGGAGGUCAUAUACCAACGAACUGGGCAGUCGACAAACUACCCGCAUUCUUACGAAAUCAGUCCAUGGCCCCUUUCUUACUGGCGAUAUUGAAUAGCGUCACCAAAGGCCAGGGAACAACUCCAGUUGGUACCAUUUGCAAUCAUGAUAUUCCUUCUUGGGCAGUGUGCUGGACAUGCACUCCUGCUCCGACGGCUCAACUUGGUGGUGCAUACCAAGCAGACGCAGGGUUGGGUCUAUCGAUACCAAUCUUCUCUCCAUCUUGUGCCAGUCUCACUACCAAAGGUCUCAUUUUGGACACCAUCAUAUCAUUGAGUGCAUGCAACGCAGCUGAGGUUGACACUCGCUACCCAAUCAACUCUACCUCUUCUCAGGGUAUCUAUGGCGAUCUCGAAGCCACCAGAAACGCGUUUUGGAGAACUAUAGUAGCAGACACAAUUCCCCAAGGCGGUGGACGGGCCCCAGAGUCUUAUGCCUGGCUUCUCGAUCCCAAACUGUGGCAAAGCGGUGUUGCGGGUAUUUAUACUCAUGGCUUUGGGCUCUAUAUCUUCAUGAAGCGGAAUCGGCAGCUUCAACUUUGCGGAUAUACUCUAGAAGAGAUAAUAUUCAGACCUAGAAAGUGGUUUACACGGCUGAAAGAGGGACUUGUUGGAGAAAGUCUGUACAAUCCUACUGAGAUGCAGCGAGAUUCUUUGUCGUGGGCGAUUAAUGCGAUGGCGUGGAGACGAUUGUUUGGAACGAAGAAUGGCAGGAUGGGAUUGGGAACUUGUGCAGCCGAUAUCAACGAUAAAAUUGUUGUCUUGGGGGGUUGUAACACGCCCCUUAUACUUAGAGAAAACAAGGGAGGCUGGAAGCUCAUAGGAGAGUGUUAUACUCACGGUGUCAUGUACGGCGAGGCAGCGGCCAAGGAGGAUGAACUUGUAGAUAUCACGAUUUAUUAG